AUGGCCGACACGGAUAAUACUAUAGUCAUCGGCAUCGACUUCGGAACCACUUUCUCGGGUGUCAGCUGGGCAUUUUCUGGCCAGCCAAACGAAAUCGAAGUCAUCACGAGCUGGGAAGCAGAGAUGAACUAUGCCUCUGAUAGGGAGAAAGCACCGACUGCAAUCUUGUACCGUGGCACCCAAAACGCUGUUUCUUGGGGUUACGAGAUCCCGGUUGAUGAAAUCCAAGACGCGAUGAGGUGGUUCAAGCUGUUGCUUAUUGAUGAAGCGGACCUUCCUGACAACCUCAAACAUUCGCCCCAAAUAACUACAGCAAGGAAGGCAGUAAAAGCCACCAACAAAGAUGCUGCCGAUGUAAUCGGAAGCUACAUCCGCCGCUUAUGGAACCACUCGAUUGAAAGCAUCGGUAAGUCGGUUGGAGAUGAGCUCGUCAAGAUGUGUAAAUUCCACGUCGUCAUAACUUUGCCGGCCAUCUGGCCGGAUUACGCUAAAGCUCGUAUGUGUCGUGCUGCCGAACAUGCUGGCCUUCUUGAAGAGCGUCCCGCCGGACAGACAACGCUCGCGUUCAUUUCAGAGCCAGAGGCUGCAGCUCUAGCUACUAUGAGAGACCUUGCAGGACGCCCCAACAUCAAGGUUGGAGACCACUUCGUUGUUUGUGAUGCCGGUGGCGGUACCGUCGACCUCAUCAGCUACGAAGUGCUGGGUCUGAAGCCUAUGGUCGUUCGCGAGGCCAUUAAAGGAGACGGGGAGUUAUGCGGUGGAGUUUUCCUUGAUGAGGCAUUCGUCAAUCUAAUCAAGGACAAAGUCACUACGAAGGCCUGGGACAAUGUUCCCAAAGCUGAGGCUGCGAAUGUUCUCAAUGGAGAUUGGGAACACGGCAUAAAGCAGCAAUUUGACGGCAAACAUGAUCGACAGUGGCACAUCCAGUUGCCCCCCGAAUGCAAAGUCAAGAAAACCCCGGAGCGAGGCAUUAAGCGAAAACGCAAUCUGAUGCUCAAUCUUCAGGACCUGCUCUCUGUCUUCGAUCCCAUCGCCAACAAGAUCAGUUCCCUCGUUCAGAAACAAAUCGAUGGUGUCCGUAACAAAUCGGGCAAACCUCCCAAGAAUGUCAUUCUCGUCGGCGGUUUUGGUAGAUGUCGCUAUCUUCAUAGCCAUCUUCGGUCAGCCAUUGACAAAGACAUCGCGCUUCUCCAAGCGACAGGCGCAAAGCCCUGGACUGCCAUUUGUCGUGGUGCAGUAGUCCAAGGGCUCACUCAACAAAACCUGUCUCCUGGUUUGUCCAUCAGUGUCAAAUCCAGAAUCGCGCGGGCGAGUUAUGGAAUUGAAGUCCGUACCAAAUUCGACAGGAAGAAGCACAGUAAUCGUUUCAAGAAUUGGUCUGAAGGGGAACAAGAAUGGAUGGCUCAUGGCCAGAUGAAAUGGUUUCUCGAGCAAGGCACCGAUGUCUCGAGCACGGCUCCCGUGAGUGAAAACUUUUAUGAGUUGUACUCUUCAGCCCCUCCCGAGGUUUCUGUGUCGCUUCAUGUCAGUUCAGCCUGGCCUCCGCCAUCCGAGAAGGACAGCUCGGUCAGGGAUCUUUGCAAGAUUACUUGGGGCAAGAAGAUAGACUUUGAAGCUCUUCCACGUCAUGUCAACUCUCUUGGUAAGGUUUUCCAUCGGCUCGACUUCACCGUCGAAAUGGUUUGCACUGGUGCGAGCCUCGACUUCUCGGUUACCCAUGAAGGCAAGCGCGUCGGCGCCAAGAAUGUAUCCGUGGCUUUUGAUACCGAGGCAGACGACGUGAAGACGAAGAGAUCUCCUUCAUACUGA